GGGCCCUCCAAGGCCCUGCCGUCCACGGGGCCCCACUCCCUGCGCGACAUGCCACACCCGCUGGCGGGCUCCAGCAGCGAGGAGGCCGUGGGCGGCGACAGCACACCCAGCCCGGACCUGCUCAUGGCCCGCAGCUUCGGCGACAAGGAUCUCAUUUUGCCCAACGGUGGUACUCCAGCAGGCACUUCAAGCCCAGCUUCUUCAUCUUCCCUUCUCAACAGACUUCAACUUGAUGAUGACAUUGAUGGUGAGACCAGAGAUCUCUUUGUCACGGUUGACGAUCCCAAGAAACAUGUCUGUACAAUGGAGACCUACAUCACAUAUAGGAUCACUACCAAAAGUACUCGGGUGGAGUUUGACCUGCCAGAAUAUUCUGUUCGUCGAAGAUACCAGGAUUUCGACUGGUUGAGGAACAAACUGGAAGAAUCACAGCCCACUCAUCUCAUUCCCCCACUUCCUGAGAAGUUCGUGGUGAAAGGUGUAGUAGAUCGUUUUUCAGAAGAGUUUGUGGAGACCAGAAGAAAAGCUUUGGAUAAAUUCCUCAAAAGAAUUACAGAUCAUCCUGUGCUCUCUUUCAAUGAACACUUUAAUGUUUUCCUUACUGCUAAGGACCUGAACGCCUACAAGAAGCAAGGGAUGGCAUUGCUGACCAGAGUGGGCGAGUCGGUCAAACAUGUCACCGGAGGAUACAAACUUAGGAGCCGGCCUCUUGAGUUCGCAGCCAUAGGAGAGUACUUAGACACAUUUGCACUCAAACUGGGAACCAUAGAUCGGAUAGCCCAGCGGAUCAUCAAGGAAGAAAUAGAGUACCUUGUAGAGCUGAGAGAAUAUGGCCCUGUGUACUCCACAUGGAGUGCAUUAGAGGGAGAGCUGGCAGAACCCCUGGAAGGGGUGUCAGCUUGCAUUGGCAACUGCUCCACAGCCUUGGAAGAACUGACAGAUGACAUGACAGAAGACUUUCUACCUGUGCUCAGGGAAUAUAUUUUAUACUCAGACUCCAUGAAGAGCGUAUUGAAGAAGAGGGACCAAGUGCAAGCAGAGUACGAAGCCAAACUGGAAGCUGUGGCUCUGAGAAAGGAAGACCGCCCCAAGGUGCCAGCGGAUGUUGAGAAGUGUCAGGAUCGGAUGGAGUGUUUCAAUGCUGACCUGAAGGCCGACAUGGAGAGGUGGCAGAACAACAAGAGGCAGGACUUCCGGCAGCUGCUCAUGGGGAUGGCCGACAAGAACAUCCAGUACUAUGAGAAGUGCCUCAUGGCGUGGGAGUCGAUUAUUCCACUACUGCAGGAGAAACAAGAGGCCAAGUAAUUUCCUAUUGGGACAGAGACUCUCUACCUACACAGGGCAUGGCUCCCUACACCGGAAUGUCCCUGCAGUGCCAGAGAGGCGGCACUGAGAAAAACCACAGAAACAUCUCCUCGUGUCUUUCUUUCUUUUCCCCAGCUUCCUUUGUCUGACAGUUGUUUUCAAUUAUUAUUUAUUCCCUGAUGGAGUCUGUAAGGCUAUAGUCAUCUCUCAGCGAAAGAAGCAUACCUCCGUGUGGUGAAGGAACUUCCGAAAUGGAACACUACAAAGAUUUGAAACCGAGGGACAAAGACGACCCUCAGCUGACAUUCUGACAUCUCGUUACAGUUUCCUGUUUUGGAACAGCGGAGUUGCCUGUCAUGGAAGAGAAGCCAGGUCCCACUUUUGAGGGACGUGAAGAAGACAUGGAUAGAAGGCAGCUCUUGCGUUCUGUUGGAUACAUGGUGGCUCUGAAACUGACCUCUGUCGACAGUGGCUUGUCUCAGCCUAGAAGGAGGUGUUGGCACCUCCGUGGAAAGUCUUUACUGAACAGUGUGGCCUGUAGCUGUGAGUGUGGCCUGCUGCCUGCUCGUGAUGAUUGACCCCUGUUUUGUGGUUUCUGGACAAUUUAAAUCAGUGUCUAAAUGCAUCUGUGCUGGAGUGAGCAAGCUAGUGUCCUUGUCCUUAUGCGAUGCCUCGGGGAGCUGAGGGGGCAGUGCUCCCCAGACUUGUUUCUGACACUAGAAUGCAGUAGAUUGGAAACUGUUCUUCUGUAAAAUGAAAAAAGGUGCAUUUUUCUCUGUGAAGUCCUUCAGUGUUUUUCUUUUGCUUGUCACAUGUCAUCAGAGUAGAGACUAGGCCUUUUAGGCAAUAUCCAUCGUCUUGAAGUCAGAGUAGCUCCCCGGUUGUUGAGGUUUUGGGGCAGAUACCAAGCCCCGCCUCCCACGUCUGCUUGUGCAAUUGCCUUGACCUCACCAAAAAUUCCUAGUUUCAUGUUAUGUCCACCGAAUGUUUGGGCAACCUUUUGGUGAGAGGCUGGUAUGUCGUUAUUGACACAGUCGAGAUUUCAUAAACUCAGUGUGAAGUGUCCUACAUGAAGUGCUUUAACCCUUCAUAUUUCCUGGUCAGAGAGAAAAGUCACUCUCUGGCUGGGCCUCCAAGAUGACAAGUGCAACAGCGAACUCUUUGCUUCUAGUUAAGCUAAAGUCUCAAUUUGCAGCCAAAUUCCUGGGGACUGCUGGCUGCAUCUAAAGUCUUUAUUUCAAACUAUUACCAGGUUUGCUUUUCAAGUCUACACAAAACAAGCAGACCAAAAAAAAAAAAAAGAAUCUUCCAACUCAUUUGUUUCCUUCUCCUGAAAUGAAGCUACAUAUGUCAUAUUUGUGUUCUUUUUCAUUCAUGGCUCAUUUCUAUAAAAUUAUAAAGCUGAGUCUCAAAUAAAUGAUAGUAUUUUUUUAAAAAAUAAAACAGCUGUGUUGAGACACUGCCAUAUGUGCAAAUACCAGUCAAUGUGCAGCAUGUUGAAGUCACUUCAUUCUGCUUCUAACGGCAGAGUUGACCUUGUGUCAGCCACCACUGUUAUGCUGUUCUAUGUCAACAACUAGUUUGGUUCUAUGUCAUCAUGUUUGAAAAAGUCACAAUUUAAGUUUAAUUUUUACAUCAAUUGGUACUUGACUGUGCUGUGAGACCCCAUUUGUGCCAUUCUUAAACCCUUUGAUGUGAAUUUUCACUUUGGUACAAUUAGAAAUGAUUUGUUGAAGUAGAGGAGAAGAACAGUCCAUCAACCCUGAGUAGUGAUUCAUUGUUUCAUUCUACCUCUAAACUAUUAUGUUGACAUGGGUAUGGAUGCCUGGGUCCAACCUGACAGCUUUCUGGCAGAAUCAGGGUAUAUAUCAAAUAGUGGGUUGAUGACCCUCUAUUGCUGUUUGACAGAAGACACUAGAUUGACCCGGGAGCGAAUGCUCAUCUUUGGGAAUUUGUGAAGCCUGCUUUAUGGGAUGUGCGCUUUAAAAACGUUGCCCAGUGUAACAUAUACUUGGAAAUAACUAUGGAAGGAAUUAUAAGAAGACUAGAGUCUAGUCUGCUGCUAGUCGCCAAAGCCCAGGGACAUUUCUGUAUAAGGGUUAUUUGGGGAAAAAGGUAGCACUUCAAAAAAUCAAGUUCCUGGGACAUAUGGGCAAGGGAGUGGGGCACGUAGUCAUUACACAAAAUAAAAAAUGUGACUUUAAACUAUCCUCCUUCACAAAUGCAACUUUGUGAAAGGUCAGGACUUUUGACCCACACGUAGUGUCAUGGGAGUUGGGUUCUUCGGAGACUUUCGGAAUUUGCUCUGAAGGACAACUCUCGGCACACACAGUCACAUUAUUGGAGGCAGAAGACUGGCUCAAAAGGGAUUCGGGCAUCUUGGAAUUUUGUCUUUAUUUGGUUGGUCCCCACGUGAUGGUGCUUUAAGAUACCAGAGUGGGCUGGAACGAGGCAAAUUAUCCUCCUUCAUGCCACUGGUAGCAGAGCUGGGAAAACCAGACUGCCUUGGAGAAAUGGUGUAGGCUGGCAUCUGAUGAGGUGAGGAGGCUGGACCAGAGGGAAAGGGACAGUAGGCAGUGAAGGAAGAUCUCAGCCCUCCCCACCCCCAGGGCUCCUCUGGGCCCCUGAGGGUCAACAGCCCCAAGCAUUCUCCUCCACAUCUCCAUCAGCACAAAGGGGAUUCCCUGUGAGAACUGUAACCCAGAGACUUUUGUGCCAAAGACUGCCUUGUAGAGGCUCCGUCACCACAUCCUUUUUGGUUCUGCAAAGUCGUGGUGCUGAGAUCACUGACUCCUGCUCAUAUUUAUUUUCCGGGAGAGUUUUGCUUGCAGAUGCAUCUUACCUCAGGCAGACAUGGACAGGUUUUGAAGCUUGAGCACACAUGAGUGGAGUGGAAAGUCCACUUUCCUGGGAAGUGAAAGGUUUCAUUUACCCAGAUUAAAAAUCCAGGCUAAGGCAGAAAGAAUUCCUGGAAGCUGAGCAGAGUUUAGAGAGCAAAUGAUGUUGAAGAGAGCGGUUGUGAUUUGUAGCGGAUAUAGACAUUGCUCUUCCUUACCAUGUGGUGGAUCUGCAAGAAGAUUCUAGGCUACUCUGCUCAAAUCAAGGAACCACUGCUCCUAAUGGAGGGAACAUCUUACACUGCCGGGUUUGGGGUUGGUCUCUCUCCUUCAAUAAGACUUAAUAAUAAUUCCUGGUGAACUUGGAUAAGUGCGAUUAUGGGGGUGAUUGGCUCGUAUUUCACUGUGCUGCUCCUUGAACUAACCAGAUACCUUUCUUUAGCUAAAAUAAAACCCAGCACAACGCUGGAGAUCAUGGUGAAUGUAACAUGAGUUUGUCUUCAUGCCAAAAUUCAGCCAUACCCAGAGUGUGUUCUAUAUGUUGAAUUGAAUGUGUUUUCUCAGUUGCCAUCCACAUGAAGAAACUAAGUGAACACCUACUGCCCAUUUCUUGCAAGACUGCCUUUUAUGAUGGAAUGACAGGAAGUCGCACUUCGGAGGAGGGCACGCAGGCCACGGGGCUGUCUGUAAGUUCCUCUCUUAGAGUGGUAUCAGCCCAAGAAUCACUCAGAGGUUGUGUGACUUGGCCCUGCCUUUGAUAGCAUUGACAUCAUGGGCACCUGGCUCUGUUUUGGUACCAUUCAUUGGACUGCAGAAAAGUCAUUCUCUAUACUCUAUCCUGAUUGGUGAGAAAAGACAGAGAGCGAGGUCCAGAGUGACCUCCUAGGUCUCUACCUUGAGUGGUGAUUCAUUGUUUCAUUCUACCUGUUUGGGUCUUGGGAUGGGUUAGAGCUGGAUUCUACUCCAGCUGCCCUAACGGGUGCCUCUGCUCAGAAGAUGGGCUGCUUAUGGUCAGAGGGGCACACCAGCCUGGACUUCACCUUCCCAGAUGCCUGCUUUAAAGGCCUGUGGAAACUGGGUAAUCUAAUUCUAAGGUUGGGGUAACAGUGCUUUGGCCAUCUCCAUUUUAAAAAUUAUAUUGGGAAUGUGGAUUUGCCUCUCACUUUCAAAAGUCCUCAAGAUGGCAACAGACUGGACGUGUCCUCCCCUUAUGUUUUCUCUAUGCUCAUGGCAGGUGGCAUUUAUCAGUAACCUUGAGGAAAAUGUCAUCCCCUGGGCCAGACUUACAGAUCGAGCUGGGUGCAUUUGUGUUGUCCUCUUCCUCGUGGUUUUUAAAAUUCAGUGAAUAAACCAGAAACCCAUUUUUUUUUAAUCAACCCACUGAAGAGGUGGUUAGCCUUCUGUUUGAAGGAUAUCUGUUCUCCCCACAGUUGCGCAGAUCAGAGCAUGAGCAGGGCUGACUGUGCUAGAAAAGGAAGGGAGGGGCUUUGUUAUAGGGGUUUGACUGUCCUUAGUCAUAUGUUUGAAAUGCUUUCUGGGUAUGGCUGUCUUAACCCCGUUUUGUGUGGCAGAAAAAUUGUAAUCCAGGUGGUUUUUACUACUAUAGAUAGCCUGUAAGUAAGUGCUUUGAAAAAAAAAAAACAAACCAGUAACAUUUUUUUUUUCAUGUUUAAGCAUUCCGUGUAUUUAGCACUUGAAAAGCAGCAAAUCCAGACUUUUAAAAAUGCCAUAGACUGUUAAAAGUCUAAUUCUUCUUUUCGAGAAUUUGUCAACACCUAUUCAAAUGCCUUAUUCUUCAACUAGUGUUUUUUAGAUUCUGGAUAAAAAGAGUUUUCAGAAAUGUAAUCAGUUGUUCAGCCUAAAUACUAGCAGUCUAACACAGCUGGUCCUCAGUCCUCUUAAACAAGCCAGAAAGUGAGGUUCAUAGUUAAGGCUGCCCUUUUGGGAGGAGAGAGCUAAAUAUUGCUAUUGCCAAAUGAUGUUUUUGAUAAUGUAAGGAAACACAGGGACCACGAAACUGUUUUGUUGUUGUCGUUGUUUAAAAGUGUGAAAGAUUAAUUUAGUGCCUUUUGGCACACUUUUGAUUGUAGAAAAUAUAUGGUAUCAGCAUCGACAAAUCACAUAGACACAAAAAGCUCUAUAGAUUAUGACAAUAUUAAAGGUUUACCCUGAUUCUGCAGAACAGUUUUUAAAAAGAUACUGUGGGGCCUCAGAGCAGCGUGUUUCAGAAGGAAAUUCUCCACAGGUUGAAAUGCCAAAAACAUAAAACCUAUUGUGUUGACUCAUGUAAUUUAGUACAUUUUAACAGAGCUUUUACUGUUAAAACCAGUGAUUCUUGUACACGUACCUCUCCUGGCAGCGCCUCCCUCUUACUGCAUGAUUCUGGGUGCCCCACAGGCUGGGUGAAAGCAGGUAAUACCUGUCAACAGCCCUGUUUGACAGGCUGGUUCACAGUCUCAGAACAACCCUCAAGUCACAAACGAUACUAGAAAGAAGAAAGGGGGAUUGCUUUUUCCUCAGUGAAGAAAUCGGAAAAGGAAAGUAGAUUGCAAACAAAAAUGGGAAUCGGUAUGUUAACAUCAUGCCCGUGUCAGCUGGGCCUUCAUCAAAUAAACCAGCAGCUGUUAACAGUCAGCACCGUUCACCUGGACACCUCCUCUGAGGUGUGGGUCCUGUCCAGUAGACGCCCUGUCCGUUGUACUUCUGUGUGCCUGCUCCCUUGAUGUCUAUGAGUUGGGAGUGCGUUGAGAAAUGAUGCACGCCAGAUAUAUUCCCAUGAAAUCGACUGCCAGCAGACUUUCUAACUUGUAUUUUAACUUGUUGAAAAAGAGAUAAAAAUUUUUGCUUAGGUCAUGUCCAAAUUACGGACUUAUUUUUAGAAAUCAUUCUUUACAUUGAAAAUUUUAAAAGGAAAAAAAAACCUUUCGAGGUACUGAUAAAGUCCUCUGUGUAAAUGUGUUCUCUUCUCUCCAUGCUGCCAUUAAGCCAAAUCAAAAGCUGUGAAAAAAAAAAAAAAGUGCUCGAGGAUGUGUGUCGAUGAGAAAGUGAUUUAUUUACAAAUCGAAGUCUUUGUUUCAUGAAGCUACCAAAUUUUUAAAAGAAUGUUACCUUUUUUCCCCUCGUUAGGGAACCCAGAGAUUGUAAAAGUAUAAAGUUUUUGUUGCAUUUUUUGAUGCUGGCACGAGGUUUUUGUCCACUGUUUUUCAUAUAUCUGUGUAUAAAAAAUUCUGUCUGUUGUUUACUAUGAGAUUAGUGUUACAUUUUGAGGUAAACAAAAGAAUUUGUAUUGCUUGAUAAAAUGUUAGCUUGGAAAUUUAAAAAGGUUUCUUUACCUCAAUUAACUUAAUGGACUAAUAAACCUAUAAAAGAUGCUUUCUUUA